AUGCUGCUCCGCUCAGCAUAUCCACGCCUGCCUCUCCUCAGCACCCGGCGAGCAGCACGGCACCUCCCUGCGGCCUCGUUCGCCCUCACCUCGCCUCGUCCCCCGCCCCCACACCUCGCACCUCUCGCCAGCUCUCGUCUCCUGUCCAGCUCGGCAGCGACACAGGCGCUCAUCCCCUACGUCGUCACGCGAGAGCCGAGGGGCGAGAGGGUCUCCGAUGUCUACUCUCGACUGCUGCAAGAGCGCAUCGUCUUCCUCAACGGCCCGAUCGAGGACGCCCUCUCAUCGGUCACGGUCGCCCAGCUCCUCUUCCUCGAGGCCGAGUCGUCGGCGCCCAUCUCGCUCUACAUCAACUCGCCCGGCGGUAGCGUCACCGCCGGGAUGGCCAUCUACGACACGAUGCAGUUCGUGCACUGCCCCGUGCACACGAUCGUCGUCGGCCAGGCGAGCUCUAUGGCGUCCCUCAUUCUCGCCGGAGGUGAGCCAGGGCACCGCAGCGCCUUGGCGCACUCGUCGGUCAUGAUUCAUCAACCCUCGGGAGGCGCAGGAGGACAAGCCUCGGACAUCUCGAUCGUUGCCAACGAGAUCCUGCGCAUUCGCGAGAAAAUGUUCGACCUCUACGCCGACCACUGCAAGUUCCCGGACGAGGACCGCCAGGUGGCGCGAGAGCGCUUCGCCCGCAUGCUCGACCGCGACCACUACCUGACGCCGGACGAGGCGAUCAAGCAGGGCAUCAUCGACCAGGUCCUGUCCAAGCGGCCGAGCGCAGGCGCUGCGGGUCCUGCGGGCGAGGGUGAGGGACGAGGAGAACGGGCGAACGCGCCGUAGAGGAACGAGGUGCAAGGACGUGUCCUGUCCGUC